ACAUGUUUGUCUAUGAGUUGAUUCUCAUAAUAAUUCUAGUGAAGAUAUGCUUCAAACUGACGAACGGUAUCUGUAAGAGCAAUGCAAGUCUCGUCGGUAAAACUGCAUUAGUCACCGGCGGAAAUUCAGGCAUUGGAUAUCAUACUGCGCUGGGUUUAGCAUCGAGAGGAUGCAGAGUUAUAAUAGCUAGCAGAAGUUGCAGCGUGGAUGUUAAGAAUAAUAUAAUUCAACAUACGAACAAUCCGAAUGUGGUGAUUAAAAACUUCGAUUUGGGUUCACUAGCGUCGAUCCGGCGUUUUGCUCAACAACUGAACGAGGAAGAAGAAAAAAUCGACAUCUUGAUUAACAAUUCGGGCUCUGGCGGUUUCGGCAAUAAAUUCACCGAGGAUGGCCUUCAUCUAGGCAUGCAGGUCAACCACUUUGGACCAUUCCUAUUGACGCAUCUACUCAUAGGUUUGCUGAAAAAGUCCGGGUCCGCGAGUAUCAUCUUUGUUAGUUCCUACUUGAGUUUCUUCAACAACCUGAGCCUGGAGAAUCUAAACAACCCGUAUUGUUCCGAAGAUGAAAGUCUGAUCAGCGGUACGUGCGACGCAAUGACAUACUGCAACAGCAAAGUGUGCAACAUCAUCAUGGCCAAUGAAUUUGCUGAAAGACUCUCCAAAUUUGGAAUAGACGUGAACUCACUGAAUCCCGGCAACGUCCGCACCCCAAUCUUUUUGAUAUUUUUACAGCAGCAUUGUUUACAGUACUUGAUCAAGCCAUUCUACGAUACCUUCGGAUUCUUUCUUAAAACGCCGUUCGAAGGGGCCCAAACCACCUUGCAUCUCGCCAUCUCCAACAAGCUUAAAGGCACCACUGGCAAACACUACUGGGAUUGCGUACAGUUCCCGAUCAUACCGAGUAUUAUCAAAGAUAAGCAGAUUUGUUCUAAAAUUUGGACAAAGAGUCAGGAAUUAGUAAGACUCGCGAGGAAAGAAGAAAUCUAGAUUUAAGAAAAAAUAAUUAUUUAAUUAAAUCUGCAAUGCGCUGUUUCCUGUUUGUGACUAAAUCCAAAUUGAUACUCAAGUAUUAAUUCAUUAUGGCAUAUGAUCUUUUGAAUACUAUGGAACGCGUAGGUAGCUAGCUUAAGGGCCUGCCUGAGCAGACACAUUCUGGUUUUAUUUCGGGUUAUAAGCAUCAUAGAGUAUUUGAAAAUUUUGGAGAUCUUAAGGAAAUAGUUUAUCUGUAAAAUACUACUGUAAAAUGUAUGUUAAAUGGUUAAUACUUUUUUGUGGUAGCUUUUUGUCAUUUUCAGAACGUAUAAAACGAAGCUUCUUAUCUACAAAUUUAUUUGUUGCAAUUGUUUACGAAAAUUCCUUUUUCGGAAAUUCUCUGCUUAAUUGAGGACGACAUUUGGGCUUACUAUAUUUUUUAAGCUUCCUACUCAACCCCAAAAGGUGUCAGCUUAUGUCCCCCUCAGUUAAUGGACUGCCCUAAUUUGCACAAGUUAUUAAUAGGAUUUUAGCAUUUACCAAGAUCUUUUUCAAUAAAAAUAAGACUCUAAAUAUGAAUUGGCACUUAUACUAGUUUAUUCAUUGGGCAUUUUAUGAACAUUCAACGUAAUAAGUCAAAAAUUGUAAAAAAACGAAACAGCAUAUAAGAAAAACUAAAAUUACAAAAAU